GUGUGAUCGGUGUGAUCGGUGUAAUCCGUGCUCUAGCAGCCGCACAGCACCCUGCCGCGGUAGGCUUGUGCACUGGACCAAAAUAGCCCGAGAGCAGCUGACGUCUUGGUGCUGGAGAAAUGGCUGCCACCGGAGUCCUUCCCUUUAUCAGGGGGGUAGACCUGAGUGGAAAUGACUUUAAGGGUGGUUAUUUCCCUGAACAUGUCAAAAGUAUGAGCAGUCUGCGAUGGCUGAAGCUCAACAGAACAGGACUGUGUUACCUCCCAGAAGAGCUGGCCUCUCUGCAGAAGCUGGAGCACCUUUCAGUGAGUCACAACAGCCUCACCACGUUACACGGGGAACUGUCCGGCUUGCCAAACUUAAGGGCGGUGGUGGCUCGAGCGAACAACUUGAAAAACUCUGGUGUCCCGGAUGACAUCUUCCAACUCGAUGACCUCUCUGUGCUGGAUCUGAGCUUUAAUCAGCUGACAGAGAUCCCCCGAGACCUGGAGAACAGCAGGAACAUGCUGGUUCUGAAUUUAAGCCACAACAGCAUCGACUCUAUCCCCAAUCAGCUGUUCAUCAACCUGACAGACCUCCUCUAUCUAGACCUGAGCGACAACAAGCUGGACAGCCUGCCUCCUCAGAUGAGACGCCUGGUGCAUCUGCAGACACUCAUCCUGAACAACAACCCCCUCAUGCAUGCACAGCUACGACAGUUGCCGGCCAUGGUGGCGCUACAGACUCUACACUUGCGGAACACCCAGAGGACACAGAGCAAUAUGCCAACCAGCCUGGAGGCCCUGACGCAUUUAGCAGAUGUUGACCUGUCGUGUAAUGACCUGACCCGGGUGCCGGAGUGCCUCUAUUCUCUGGGCAGUUUGAAAAGACUCAACUUAAGCAGUAACCAAAUUUCUGAGCUCUCUCUUUGCAUCGACCAGUGGACACAGCUAGAAACUCUCAACCUGAGUCGCAACCAGCUCACCUCUCUGCCAUCAGCCAUCUGUAAAUUGGCCAAGCUCAAGAAACUGUAUGUAAACUCAAACAAGCUGGACUUUGAUGGUGUCCCUCCUGGUGUGGGCAAACUGUCCAGUCUCACAGAGUUCAUGGCAGCCAACAACAACUUGGAGCUUAUUCCUGAAGGCCUCUGCAGGUGCGGAAAGCUGAAGAAAUUGGUUCUUAAUAAAAAUCGUCUGGUAACACUGCCAGAAGCCAUUCACUUUUUGACCGAUUUGGAGGUUCUGGAUGUGCGAGAAAAUCCAAAUCUAGUGAUGCCACCCAAACCAGUGGAUCGGGGAGCAGAGUGGUACAAUAUUGACUUCUCCCUGCAGAACCAGCUCCGUCUGGCUGGAGCUUCACCUGCUACUGUGGCAGCUGCCGGGGGAGGAGCAAGUCCGCGAGAUCACUUGGCAAGAAAGAUGAGGUUAAGAAGAAGAAAGGACAAUUCCCAAGACGACCAAGCCAAACAGGUGUUGAAAGGCAUGAGUGACGUGGCACAGGAGAAAAAGAACAUGGAGGAGAACGGAGAUCUCAAAUACGCCGACCUGAAAAUCCGCCGCUGGGACCAGAGUUUGGAGAAGCCCCAGUUGGACUAUUCUGAGUUCUUUCUGGAGGAUGUGGGACAGAUUCCUGGCGUAUCAGUGUGGCAGAUUGAGAACUUCAUCCCUAUUCAGGUCGACGAAACGUUCCACGGCAAAUUCUAUGAAGCCGACUGCUAUAUUGUUCUCAAGACCUUCCUGGACGAUAACGGGGCACUGAAUUGGCACAUCUAUUAUUGGAUCGGUCAGGAAUCCACUCUGGACAAAAAGGCCGGAGCCGCUAUCCACGCGGUCAACUUGAGAAACUUCCUCGGAGCAGAAUGUCGGACAAUAAGAGAGGAGAUGGGGGACGAGAGCGAGGAGUUCAGCGCUGUGUUUCAUAAUGAGAUAUCGUACAUUGAGGGAGGGACAGCGAGUGGAUUCUUCACCGUGGAGGAUACACAUUAUACAGUCAGGUUGUAUCGCGUUUAUGGCAAGAAAAACAUCAAAUUGGAGUCUGUUCCUGCCAAGGGUUCCUCGCUUGAUCCUCGCUUUGUCUUCUUGUUGGACACUGGACUAGAGAUCUUCGUCUGGAGAGGGGCCAAUGCUACACUUAGCGGCACUACAAAAGCGAGGUUAUUUGCAGAGAAGAUUAAUAAAAACGAGCGCAAGGGCAAAGCUGAGAUCAUCACUCUGAUGCAGAACCAGGAGCCCCCAAACUUCUGGGAGGUGAUGGGAGGACAACCAGAGGAGAUCAAGAAACACGUACCAGAUGAUUUCUCUUCCAUGAGACCCAAACUCUACAAGGUGGGUCUUGGGCUUGGAUACUUGGAGCUGCCACAGAUCAACUACAAGCUGUCUGUUGAACACAAAGACCACAAAGUCAAACUAGACACUUUACCUGAGCUUAGACUGCUGCAGUCUUUGCUGGACACAAAGUGCGUGUACAUUCUGGACUGUUGGUCUGAUGUGUUCAUCUGGAUUGGGAGGAAGUCUCCGCGCCUGGUCAGAGCUGCCGCCUUAAAACUGGGUCAGGAGAUCUGCUCUAUGCUCCACCGGCCUAAGCACGCCUGUGUCACACGCAACCUCGAGGGCACAGAGACCCAGGUGUUUAAGUCUAAGUUCAAGAACUGGGACGACGUGCUGAAGGUGGAUUACACCAGAGCAGCAGAAACAGUCCAACAGAAAGACAACCUGCAGGGCAAGGUGAAAAAGGAUGCGGAGCAGAAGGAUCAGAUGAAAGCCGACCUCACAGCUCUGUUCCUCCCCAGACAACCACCCAUGCCACUCACUGAGGCGGAGCAGUUGAUGGAGGAGUGGAACGAGGACCUGGAUGGAAUGGAGGGCUUUGUGCUGGAGGGAAAGAAGUUUGCACGUCUGCCAGAGGAGGAGUUUGGUCACUUCUUCACACAGGACUGCUAUGUGUUCCUGUGCAGAUAUUGGGUCCCAGUUGAGUACGAGGAGGAUGAGAAGGACAAGGAGAAGAAGGAGGGAGAGGGAGAGGGCACAGGUGCAGGUGCAGGAGGUGAAGAAGAGGAGGAGGAUAAGCAGCCUGAGGAAGACUUCCAGUGUGUGGUGUACUUCUGGCAGGGCAGACAGGCCUCCAACAUGGGCUGGCUCACCUUCACCUUCUCCCUGCAGAAGAAGUUUGAGAGCCUCUUCCCUGGAAAGUUAAAGGUGGUGAGGAUGACCCAGCAGCAGGAAAACCUCAAGUUCCUGUCUCACUUUAAAAGAAAGUUCAUCAUCCACAAAGGCAAAAGGAAACAGAAGAUCGACUCGGCUCAGCCUUCUCUGUACCACAUCCGCACCAACGGCAGCGCACUUUGCACCAGAACUAUUCAGAUUGGGACAGACUCAAGUAAUCUCAACUCAGAGUUUUGCUUCAUUCUCAAGGUACCAUUUGAGAGCACAGACAAUCAGGGUAUUGUUUACACGUGGGUGGGCAGAGCUGCAGACCCAGACGAGGCUAAACUGGCAGAGGACAUCAUGAACAGCAUGUUUGACGAUACGUACAGUAAACAGGUAAUCAAUGAAGGGGAGGAACCCGAGAACUUCUUCUGGGUCGGCAUCGGAUCCCAGAAGGAAUACGACGAAGACGCAGAUUAUAUGAAAUACGCCAGACUCUUUAGGUGCUCCAAUGAAAAGGGUUAUUUCUCUGUAUCUGAGAAGUGUUCAGAUUUCUGUCAGGACGACUUGGCAGACGAUGACAUCAUGCUGCUGGACAACGGGAAAGAGGUAUACAUGUGGGUCGGUACACAGACAAGCCAAGUGGAGAUCAAACUCAGUCUCAAAGCUUGCCAGGUCUACAUCCAGCACAUGCGCUCCAAGGACACGGAGCACCCGAGGAAGCUGCGCCUGGUGCGGAAGGGGAACGAGCCUCACUGCUUCACGCGCUGCUUCCACGCCUGGGGAGCGUUCAAGACCCCUCUGGCAUAAACACACUUUAUCAACAACAACAACAACAACAACAUAUCGCUCACAGAUGCACAAGAACACUUCCAUCACAACAAACACACAGAUUCUGGCUGCCAUGCUGUUUUUACUGAAGAUGAUGUCUAUGGGGAACCACGCUGUACUGCUGAGAUGGGUCUAAUGUGUACCUACGCCGUACGGACACGAUGGGAGCAGAUUCUUGGUAUCAUGUUAUAAUAACUACAGCUUAAUUAGCCUUAAAAGCAUAAAUAAUUAUAAUAAACAAAUGGUUUAAGAAUGAUUCAGGCACAGGAAUCACAUGGUCCCUCAAGAUUCCAUGUGAUGCUUGAUACUAAACUCACUUUACGAUCAUUUUGAUAUGACGACACAUGAAGUAAUCGAUAUAUUUCAUUUAUAUUUACCUGCGCAAAGUUAAAAUACACCCAUCUUAUUCGUUAAAACAUUGAAUAAUUGAAACUUUUUCUAAACAAGCAACAAAACUGUACCAAUGUCAUACAAUAAUUUUCUGAAAUAUACAAAAAAAAAGGGAUUUUGAUGCAGUGGCCCAAGAUAACCAUUGUGAUACUAAAUUUGGUGAUACUAGUAAUGUAGUAGUAGUGUAUCAGUAUUUUGGCACAGCCCUAAUUCAGGCGUAGUAACUAUUUUAUAUUUAUUUUUAAGGAGUUAGAAGUUAAAGUAUUAAUUAAGUACUUAUUAAACCUGAAUCAUUCUUAAAGGAACAAUUCGGAAUUUUGGACGUAGGACCUCAUUUCCGAGUUAGUCAGAAUGUUGGAGACGUGUGGAGACACUUUUUUAAAAUAUUCCAUCCAGUCCUUGUCUUUACAGAGGUCGCAUGGAAUAACUAGGAAAUGUCCAAAAUUGUCCAAAAUUCCGAACUGUCCCUUUAACAAACUAGCUUUAUUAAGACUAAUUAUAGUGUAUUUUUGUAGUGUUACCAGAAUCUUUGAACAUAUCGAUCUUUGCCUUCGCUGAGUGAUCGCUUUAAUAAUAAUGUUUAAUUUGAAAGUGGCUUACUGCUCACCGCUAAUGUUUUUUGUGCCAUUGUGUGCAGCAGAACAAAUACGAAGCCACCGGUCGUGCGGUUUUCCUCCGUCAGAGAGUCGUGGGUUACAAAGCGGCACUAUAUUUUUUCUAAUGAAUGUGUCUUGUCUAAUUGAGUCUAAUUUCUCUGUUGUGUUCAUGUUUUGUCUCGUGGCCUUCUCUCGUCUCGUUGCUCUUCUCACCUUAUUCGACUUUGAAUUUAAAGAUGCACUAUGGAACUUUCUGAUCGAGGGGCUGCCACCUACUUGUCUCCAUGGUGAUGUUACUCGUUUAUAAUGUUUUUUGCUGCAAUAAAAACACUCGAAGUUGGAUACAGGCGAGACGGAGCAUGUCGUAUUGUGCUACAAAGCUUUAACAUCUCCAUGGAAACGGCAGGUCAACAGCUCUCCACUAGAAAAGUUACACAUUGCACCUUUAAAUGUGAGAUUGUAAGACAUCCUGUUUUAUGAUUGUAGGGAAAUCAUUAUGUGCAAUCAUUCAAGGCCAGAUAUUUUUUCCAAACCAAAAUGCUUCAAGUUCUGUAAAUUGUCAUGUAAUUCUGGGAGACUUUUUAUCAGCGUAUAAGCGUAUUUUGUUUUCUUUUACAUGGCAUGAACCGAACCUCCGUUGUUGGGAAUACAGCCCCCUUGUGGUCAGCCCACACAGUACUCGUCCUGAAUGGUUACUUGUGUAUUUUCAAAAGUCUAUUUUUGGUGACUCGAUGCUUGAGUGCGUGGACUGCUCAUACAGAUGUAUACAGAAAUGUGCACAUGCUCCUGGUGACACCUGCAGAUGCUUUAUUUAUGUAUUUUAUAUUAAAUGCUAUCACAUGAGAAA